UGGAGGAGCCUCUACAAUGACGAGCUCUACGGGGCCUGUACGAUGGUCUCACCAUCGUGCAACGAAUUAGACUCACCAGGCGGCCGAUGGGCUGGUCACGUCAUGAGAAUGACACCGGACGACCCAGCCCGUAAAGUCCUUUUAGGCCGUCGGACAGAGGAGGCGUGGUAGGCCCAAAUUGAGAUGGAGUGAUGGCGUUGAUGCGUCCGCCAGAUCGGCCGGGAUAACGGAUUGGCAGACGACGGCGCUGAACCGUGAGCGGACCUCACCAUGUAUAUCUGGCAUAGGUUUAAACCUGUAUUUGUUCCAUUGAGCUACGCCUGAUCGUAGAGGCACAUUCUUCAAGAGCAUUCGCAGUGAAGGAGCAAACCACAACAAUGAACGACGAUAUCGUCGCGAGAUAGCUUGCCAAGGUACAAAGUUGCAAUCGAGAGAUUAUCGCUUAAUCGAUCCCAAAACUCGAUGAGCCCUCGCACAGUCUAAUCACCUCGUUGGGUCCAUUCGUUGCUCAGAAGUGUUCAUUGCAGGUCUAGCUGCUGAUGUCCUUCGGGAUGGCCUCCUCACAGCGCUGGUUUUUAUGGGUCCAUUCCCUCGUGCUUCUACGUGCGGCAGUUAGCGGGAUGGAUCUGCUAACCAGCUUCGAAGUCCGCCAUGGCUACAUCUACCCGCCGAGUGUUACCGUGGCCGAAGGGGAAGUGAUGCACUUGCGUCUGCUGGUGCCGAUGCAAGAGGGCGACCGUUGUUUCUACCGUGAACCCGGCUCACCGACGGACAUCGACGUGAAUGGGGUGGUGCUGGCUGAGGAACGACCGCACCGAAAGAUGCUGCGCUUUGGCGAUGCCGAGUGCAGUAUACGCGUGAAUCCGGUCCAUCAGCGAGACGGUGGCUUCUGGCGCUUAACGUUGGUGCGAGGCACGGAACGGAUACGGGGCGUCACGAUGGUGGACGUGAUCGAAAGACCUGCCGUGCCGGAAAGCGGUGGAGCCGGUGCUGCCGUGAGCUCACUGGAUGAAAUAAGUCCGCAGCGAACGGAGUACUGCUUUGUGCUGCGACAGGGUGCGACCAGCGAAGGUGCCAACAGUGUGCCGAUGUACGAACGCUGCCAGCUUCCUGUGAGCGAAACCGAUCCAACUGGGGCAGGCGUUUGGAGUGUGAUUGCUGGCGUGCAGGGUCAAAUGCGCGAGAUGACGUACGGAAUCCACAUCGAGAACAAAGAGGAACAAAUCGUAACGACCGUGCACAGGGAGUCCGAUUAUCAUGUGCUUUCCUGCCAUCUACGCUACACCAAACUGACGCUCAAGUUCUGCCGCUUCGUUCGGCUGGCGGACGGAUUAGGGCUGAAUGUGAUCCCAGGCGUCGGCACACCCCGGUACGGAUACAUCGGUGCCGGGUUCGAGCGGAACGAGUGUGGGCUGGAGAUUCUCGGCCCGGAAGGACUCGAUAAGGGCACGUGGAAGUGUUUGUUGGGUUACGGUGACGAAUCGCUUACAAAGGUGUCCGGGGCAAUCGUCGACAAUUCGGACACUAAUCCUCCGCUAGCGAUUAUAGGGCAGGAUAGGAUCGUUUUGGCACAGAACGAAUCCAUGGCGACUUUGCUGUGCAACGCGAACAAACCCAUCGAUUACUGCUGGUUCCGGGGACCUCACGGACAGUUCUACCCGCUGUCGGAAAGUCUCACGGCGGAACGCAACGCAGGCAAGUACUGGUACAGCGGCAUCUCGCUGGCGAUGGGUGAGUGUAGCAUCACGUUCGCGCACCUCCUGGACACCGAGCACGCCGGCCAGUGGCACUGUUACGUGGGCAACGGGCAUGUAUCUGCGCUCGAAGUUUCCGCCACGUUCCCGGUGCACAUUUCCCGCACGCAGAUGAUUGCUGCGUCCGAUCGCGUUGAGGCGAGUCUCGCUUUUCCCGCCCUUCUCGAAUGUGACUCCAUUCCUCGCGGGACUCCACUGCAGUACUGUCGGUUCAUCACACCCGCCGGGCAAGCGUUUAGCCUGAACGAGAACAUUACGGCCGAUCGUCCGGUGCUUGGGCGGUUCUACUCCAAUCCGAACCAUAACCUAGCGAAGGGUUCCUGUGCGCUUGUGAUCGCUUCCGUCCGGGCGGAAGAUUUCGGCGAGUGGAUCUGUGCCGGCAAGAUCGAGGGACACCCGAUGGAACACAUUUACGGUGUUGUGCUGCACAACCGCGACGACAUUGCUCCCAUGCCUGAUGGUGUGCCGGAACCGGCCGGACAAACACUUUCGGCAGCUUCCAUCAGCGGUAUGGUGAUCGGAGCGGUGGCCGUAGUUGGCGGUGCCGUUGCCAUUGGCUACUGGCAGUUCCGGAAACGGCUACAUCGGCAGGCAGUCGCGGUGAACGAAGAGAUUCAAAUGAGCGCGGUCGAAUCGCGCCAGGCGCUGGGAAGAGCUGAUGGACCGAGAAUCAGUAUCAUAAGCUCGGGGUCGAGUAGCAGCACAAACAGCGAAUCGAAUCUGCACGGAACAGCGCUGUGAGGGCGAGUAAAUAACUUAUUCACACACAGGACCUUGAGCGAUGCUCUUGACGGUUCCUGGCCUGGAUUCUUCAUUUAUUAUUCGCUUACAGUACAAACAAGGGUCAAAAUUACUAGCUAGCAGCGUACGGUACGAUGAGAAGUUACAGCUUGAUACUCUCCUUUCGCAUCUGAAUGUUCCGCAACAGGCAUACGUCGGACAUGGCACACUGGCGGCCAGUCGGCGUGUUGAGGUCGUACAGUCUGCAACGAUUGGUAACAAUGUGAAACGCGGUCAGUAAACACCUACCCUUAGGCCGAAUAAAAUAUUGAAGCUUUAUCAAA